CACUAAUGCAGCUCUUGUGUUUAUGCAGGGUUUUCAACAUGUAUAAGCCCAGCAUGAUCUCCUGGCUGGAGCAGGAAGGCCUGAGGACGGUGGAGAGGGGCGUGCUCCAAGAAUGGGACCUCCAGCUGCCAAACAAAGACUCCGAACUUGAGCCCUUUAACGCCGAGAAGGAAGCAGCCAUUCGGAUCAAAACGGAGCAACUCGAGGAGUGGGAGGUCUACGAGUGUGCGCAGUACAGGAAGGACUUCGGGGGAGUCCCGGGGGAGCCACCGCACAGAGACGUGGCCUCAGAAGACGACGAAGAUGACGGUGAGGAGUGCAGAAAGGACAUCCCCAGCCCCAAGCGGAGACCAUCCCCAGAGACCGCCAUUCGGGACACCGUCCACCUGGCUAAGGCCCCGGCCCCUGCCGCUGACGGGAAGCCCUUCUACUGCAAGGAGUGCGGCCUGUUCUUCAUCAACGCUGCCUGCUUCAAAAUUCACGAGCAGAUGCACGCGGGCUCCUUCCGCUGCCAGGAGUGUGGUCUCGACUUCAGCUGCGCCGCACACCUGACCAUCCACCUGCAGGCCCACGCAGACUCGGGCGGUUUUGGGGCCUCCCUGGCCCAGCCCACGACCCUGGCGGCCGACCAGCGGCACGGGAGUGGGCAGGGGGACGCCGCGGCCACCGCCAUAGCCACCGCCAGUACCACCACCGUGGCUGGGGAGGAGGAAGACGAGGACGACGACGAUGACGACGACGACGUGGAGGAGUCGGAAAAGAUCUUCAAGUGCGACAAGUGCUGGCGGGCUUUCAGCACCUUCUCCAAGCUCACCACGCACUUCCGCACGCACACGGGCGAGAAGCCCUUCCAGUGCAACGUGUGCGGCAAGACCUUCACCACCUCCUCCUACCUGAGCAUUCACAAGCGGGUGCACACGGGCGAGAAGCCGUACGUGUGCCAGGAGUGCGGCAAGGCCUUCACGCAGUCGUCGGUGCUGACCAAGCACCUGCGGGUGCACACGGGCGAGAAGCCGUACAAGUGCAAGGAGUGCGGCAAGGCCUACGUGAAGUCGUCCGGCCUCAUUGAGCACAUGAACGUGCACACGGGCGAGAAGCCGUACACGUGCAAGGUGUGCGGCAAGGCCUUCGUCAAGUCGUCGGGCCUGACGCUGCACAUGAAGAUCCACACGGGCGACAAGCCCUACAAGUGCGACAAGUGCGGCCGGGCCUUCUACUCCUCGUCCAACCUCACCAAGCACUUCCGCACGCACACGGGCGAGAAGCCCUUCCAGUGCAACAUCUGCGAGAAGACCUUCACCACCUUCGCCUACGUGGCCAUCCACAAGCGCUCGCACACGGGCGAGAAGCCCUACGUGUGCAAGAAGUGCGGCAAGGCCUUCACGGCCUCCACGCGCCUCACCAAGCACCUGCGCUCGCACAACGGCAAGAAGUACGAGUGCGAGCUGUGCGGCAAGACCUUCGCCAAGGCCUCCUGCUUCCUGGGCCACAAGCGCACCCACAGCCUCGACACGGCCGUGGUGACGGGCGUCAUGCCCGCCACACCGGCCUGCAUCUGCCCCGACUGCGGCCGGGUGUUCCUGGACGCCGCCGCCCUGACCGUCCACGCCAAGACGCACGCCGAGGAGAAGCCCUUUGCCUGCACCUUGUGCGGCAAGGCCUACGCCAAGGCGUCGGGCCUGGAGGGCCACAUGCGGAGCCACACGGGCGAGCGGCCCUUCUCCUGCCAGGAGUGCGGCAAGGGCUUCCUCAAGGCCUCGGGCCUGGGCGACCACAUGAGGAUCCACACGGGCGAGAAGCCGCACACCUGCCCCGAGUGCGGCAUGGCCUUCAUCAAGUCGUCGGGCCUGAGCGAGCAUCUCAAGGUGCACACCCGCGAGAAGCCCUACAAGUGCGACAAGUGCGGCAAGACCUUCGCCUCCACCUCGCACAUCACCAACCACUUCCGCUCGCACACGGGCGAGAAGCCCUUCCAGUGCAACGUGUGCGGCAAGGCCUUCGCCUGCUCCUCCUACGUGACCAUCCACAAGCGCACGCACACGGGCGAGCGGCCCUACGAGUGUCGCAAGUGUGGCCGUGGCUUCACCGCCUCCUCCUGCCUCAUCAAGCACCUGCGUUCCCACAGCGUGUAGACGGGCCCGACCGAGGGGGUCAGGGAAGUCACUCGGGGUCCACUAUCUUCGUGGCCCGGCCCUCCGGGUCUCAUGCCAUCGCGCUCCUCUGGCACAGGGAAGCCACAGGGACUGUCGGUGGCCUUGUGCACGCAGGGCCUGCCCGGACCUGUUUUUCUUUUUCUUUUUCUUUUUUCCCCUUUUGAGUGUUCUCAACGUGGGAGCAUCUGAACCAGCGUCUCGCCGUCACUCGUGGGAGAAUUGCAUGCAUGGCAGUGGGGAGACAGUCUCCCCCCCCACCCCCAGACACAUGCCUCCCCCAGCGGCCGCAGCUGUCUCCCAUCUGUCUUCCUGGCUCACGGGAUCCGACCAGGUCUGGGACUUCCCAGCUAAAGGGUCUACCCAGCCUC